GUGGCAGUCCCAAACGUGCUUGAAAACGAGACCAAUGUUUUUGGGUAAUGAAAUCGCGCACGUUUCAUUCACAACGAAAGCAAAGACGGAUGGCUCCAUCGGGUAACAAAUGUUUUAACUGCGGCGGUGAAGGGCACUUCGCCAGAGAAUGCCCCUCGCACCGGCAACAGACGAGGGGAGGAGGAGUUGCUAGUUCCCCGGCACCAACAGCGUGGAGGUUUUGGACACCAAGGCGCCCGCAGGAGGAUUCGGAGGAAAAAGAUUUCUUGAGGCAGCUCAUCCAAGAGAAAAGGGAGGAGCAGAAUCGUAGGAAGGAGUUCGAAGACAAGCGGAAAAUGGACGAGUUGAUCCGGAUGGAGAUUGAGCGAAAUUCAGAGGCAAUGGAGGCUCGUGUGUUGUCGAAGAUUGGGCGGCAGUACCCCGUCAAUCAUGAAGAAGCAAGAUGGGAGGAGUUGCGUUCCCCUGCUCACCGCCCCGCUUUCACUCCGAUCAGGGAACGGGACGAUGUUGAUAUUGAUGAUCGUGGGAUUAAAGACAUUGAAGACGAGAUCGCUAAACUUUAUGAGGUGCGUGAGAGGCAGCGGAGGGGCAAGGAAGUAGUCCAGAGGCCCAUAAGGCCUUUUCGACAGCCGCUCUUUCAGAAGGAGGACGUUCCGGUGGUGAACAACCCACGGCCUGAAUCCUCGAGGAUGGGCGAAGAUCGUGCGCGUUCGAAGAUUCCGACGGGCAGUGGGCCUGAGGGGGUUCUUAACUAUGUUCUUCAGCAGCGACUUCUCCUUACUGGAAAGAAUAAGAACCAAUUUAAGGCGAUAUAUGCGAUUGAGGGUGUGCAGUACACAACGAAGGUUCCCGCUAUUGAUAGGUUGAUUGAGGAACGUGUGAAGCUGCCUUAUGAGGGUUUCAUCUUUGUGCCUGCGCCCUCGACUGCAGCAAGCCCAGAGCAAGAAGAAUGCACUCCGUGCAAAUGAAUCGGUAGACACGCACGUCUCAGGCUCUGGCUGAACCUGUUUGAGUGCAUUGUUCGUCAGAACCGCGUUUGGAACCAUGGCCGAGCCGCCCACCUUCGCUUGUUGUAUGACAGGUGUGUCACCUUAUGUUUUGUUGGUCUGGCUCUUUUAGGUGAGAUCUUGUGGAUGACGAAGUUCACGUCUUUGCUGCUCAACGUCAACCGGGAUUCUUGGGAUGCUGGACCGGUGGUUUAUAUCCUUUCUUCCCCGUGGUGUAAAGCGCAAUACAUAGGGUGUUCCACGCGUGGAAUAUACAUUAGAUGGGUUGAACAUCUUCGCACGGUUAAGCUACGGGGCCUUGGUACUUGUCCUGAGCUGUACGAAAGGCUUAUCCUAAUUUGGCAUAGGUAAGUAUGUCAUAAUUCCCCUAGUAAAUGAGCUUGAAUCUA